CUUAUUCAGAGUGAGCGCUUAGAGAAGGCAGCUCCUGCCGGGGAGGGGGGUGUCACUGUAGAUCUUACCUGCAAAUGGUUCUAAAAAUCCCUCUCCGAAGAUCUUUAAGCCUGAGCCCCGAGCACCAGCUUUCUCUCACCCCGCCAGAAAUGACUGGACCCACUGCUCUGAAGAUGGAAGCCAAUAUUUUAGUUCUUGGUGCAGACGGAGUGGGGAAAUCAGCACUGACAGUCCGCUUUCUAACAAGACGCUUCAUUGGAGAGUAUGGAGAUCUCGAAUCUAUAUAUAGCCACAAUGUUUUGGUGGAUGGAAAGGAGGUUAUCUUUAAUAUUUGGGAUUUUCCAUAUUCAAAGGAGCCAACUGAAGAAAGCUGCGCGGAAGAGGAGAAGCGCAUUCAGUGGGCUGACGGCUUUGUCUUGGUUUACAGCAUUUCUGACCGGGCCAGUUUCAACAUUAUUUGCCAGACAAUCCAACUCAUCAAAGCUUCCAAAGACUGCUUGGGACCAGAGAAAUUGCCCAUAGUCAUUGUGGGUAAUAAGCGUGAUCUGCAUCACCUACGAACUGUAUCAAGUGAAGAAGGGAGGCUUUUGGCUCUGUCAAUGGACUGUGAUUUCUAUGAAGUUUCAGCAGCUGAGGCUUACCAUGGAGUUCUUAUGGUUUUCCAUGGCCUGGUGGACAAGAUUAAAGAAUCCAAGCUGGUUACCAAGAAGGGGACGGGAAUACGAGGCAUUGUGAAAAGCAUGUCAGCAGUGUUUGCCAGGAGAAGAACAGACUCUCUGUAAUACCUGAAAUGCUUGGCAGACAAUGACACAUGAUGUGACUUUAACAUCUGCAACGCUUCUCAUUUACAAUCUAGCAGUCUGACCUGGCAGUGGAACUCCUCUCUGUGCAGCCUGCAGUGUAUUUAGAACUGUCUAUCCUAGACUUUUUUGCUGCUCAUUGUUCUUUUAACAACUGAGCUAAACGGUUUACUUAACAGCUUCUAAAGUUGUCACUGCAAACGUGGAAAAUGGGGAGUGGAAUUAAAAAUAACCCCCGCUUAUCACUGUGAAGCAGCUUUUGUGUGAUAAGCUGUGCCACACAUUAGGAAGAUCUAAAGAGUCUCCAGCUUUCAUCUGUUCAUUAUCUCCUAUCCGACAUGUCCUCUCUUGUUGCUGCGUUCUUCACUUUGCAUUAUAUCUCCAACUUUUGGCUUCAUCAUACAGUAGAUCUACACGGUAGUGAAAGGAGUGAUUUAACAUUGCUCGUUGGAAUGAAUGUACACAUAUUAGUGUUCUGGCAUUGUUUAUGUGCUCUUUUGUGUUUUCACAAGCUUGUCUCUUGUGUGCACUGAGGGGAAUGCACUUUUAUGAGGGUAAUGGAAUGUGUGUAGCCGACAUUCCGUGCUGGGACAAUACAGAAGCACCUCAUUGCUAAUUGCAGAAAUCACAAUAAACAGAUCCCUGUACUCACAGCAGUUAAGCCAUAAAGUGAAGUAGCAUCAAAAUCUGGGAAUGGUGGGUGUGGAGCACAUAUAAGAGGACUUCUGAUCUCUCCAUCAAGAAUGAUCAAACCUGUGAACAGUUGUUUUAUUC